GUCACAUCUGCGCAGACGGAGCGAGUCAGAACUCAGACUUUUGAGUGGAGGAUAACGGGACUGCGUAUCACUUUUAAUAUCAUUCUUACGUUUGGCGAGGUUGUGGCGAUUUGACGUCGUACUUGGAUCUACUUUUAUGCAGCUGGCGUUUUUUUCGGUUCUCAUGGGGCUGAAAACGAUCUUACUUUUGACUUUAGCUGCGCAUACAUGCACUGCAGCAAUCUUUAACGAUAGCUCGGAAGAUGAACCAUCUCGUUCUCAACGUAACAUGAGGAGAAAUCCCCAAAAAGCGCCCUCUGGACGCAGCUUCGCUGUUAAAGAGAUCUAUGAAACUCAGACCUAUGAGCCAAUUGACUACAUUGAUCCUCCAGAUGAGAAGCUGAAUGAUUCCUUCAUUGAUAAAAAUACCCGACAAGGUAGAAGGUAUUCAGGUAAAGCUGUUACAUUCAAUGGCAGACUUCUAUGCAAUGGCAGUAAUCUGACUGCAAUGAAUUGCAACAGGACUAAGGCGUAUUCCCUCUCAGAGGAUGCUGUGCUCUUUCUGAAGGGCCCACUGGUCACACGUGUCAUGCCGUCUUUCUAUAUCCUUAUCUUCAUUAUUGGUUUGCCUCUAAACGCAUUAGCCCUGCUGACGUUCACCUGUAAGAUUAAAGCAAAGAAACCGGCUGUGAUCUUCAUGUCAAACCUGGCGUGUGUGGAUCUACUCUUCACCCUGCUGCUGCCUCUGAAGAUCCACUAUCACCUGAACGGAUCUCAUUGGGUUUUUGGUGAGGCGGCGUGUCGUGUGCUGACCUCUGCUUUCUACUGCUAUAUGUACUGCUCCAUACUGCUGAUGAUGUGUAUUGGCAUGGACCGGCUUGUGGCCGUGGUGUUCCCCGUCACCUCUCUUACCUGGCGGAAGAAGAGUUAUUCUGUGUACGUGUGUGCGCUGGUCUGGGUGCUGGCACUCGUUGGCACUGUGCCACUUCUCUCUGUAACGCAAACCUUCAACAUCAAGCAUUUGGGUGUCACCUGCCACGACGCUUUGCUCUACGAGAACACUGAAGAUCAUACAUAUGUGUUCCAGUUCUCCAUCCUCGCCUGCAUUUACUACGUCUUACCACUGGUCGUCACUCUGGCAUGCUAUUCUACCAUUAUUCGUGUUCUCAGUGCCAAGUCUGGUCGCUUGGCAACAUCAUCAUCAUCAACCGUAAACAAGCGAAGGAGAGCUGUGAUCAUGAUCAUCGCCGUGCUGAUAGAGUUUGUAGUUUGUUUUGCACCGACCAAUGGAAUCUUGUUGUAUCACUGUGUUCUUCUGGCCACAGGAGGCGUCAAAGGGGAGGGAAACGCAUCAUAUAUGGCUUACAUGUUGGCUCUGUGUGCGGGCAGCUCAAGUGUUUUUCUGGACCCCCUGCUGUAUUACUACGGGUCGUCUCAGUGCAGACAGAAAAUCAACUCUUGGUUUUGGUGGAAGCAAUCAAAAAGCUCAUUUUCAAACUCAUACAGUAUGACAAAAUCUUCUCACGCGAGCUGUGAGUACAGCCAAGCUCACAUUAAGGUGUGAAUUGUUAGAAAUAAGGGUAAGGAAAUGCUUUCUAUAUGUUUGUAUACUUAUCCAACAAGAUGCUGAAUAUUGUAAUUCUGCUUUUAAAUGUAUUCAAAUCAAUUAGAAUCAACACACACACAAGAAACGCCAUCUUAAAAAAAUUGCAUUAUUUACAUCAUUUCAGAUUUCAUACAUAAGCUUUUAUUGUAUGAAGAACCAUGAUGGCAGAAUACACAAUUUUCAAGAAUUCUCUAAAUUAUCACAAAGCCUUGAAACUUACCUCAGACAACAUAAAGCAGAAUUACAUGAAAAUUGCAGGAAACCUUAAAGACCUUUCUGUCAUAAAAUGUCCUUAGUUUUUGAAUAAUUAAAUAUACUAAAUAUUUUCUUUAUAAAAGUAUGCAAAAAGGAUAUGUGAUGCACCUUUUCCUAGAUUAUAUUUUACUAUAAUAAUAUUAUAUUUUAACUGAACACACACACAUACUGUAUAUAUAUAUAUAUAUAUAUAAAUAUAUAUAUAUAUAUAUAUAUAUAUAUAUAUAUAUGUUGAGAGAGAGAGAGAGAGAGAGAGAGAGAGAGAGAGAGAGAGAGAGAGAGAGAUAGAGACACACACAUAGAAAAAUACAUAUUUGUAUAUAAAGUAGAUAGAGAUUUAUGUCACAUUGUAAUUUUAUUGUGCUAAUAAACUAAUUUAAAUCAUACAUUUUUUAUAAGAUUAGAUUUAUUCCUUAUAAAACACAAUACAAUGUUGGUUAACGUGUCUUGAACUACUGUAUAAUUUGUUUCAAUUCAUGUUUAUUUUCCAACCUUUUCUGAACCUGAUAAAUGAUAAUGCAAUUUUUAGACUUGCAUAUGUAAAUGUUCAUUAAAAUCAUACAAACAAAGAGAACAUUGAAUAAAGAUACAAAUGUAUACAAUGGAAUAAAUAUGAAAAAGAUAUGAAUAAAACAAUAGAGAUGAAGUAAAAACUUGUUUAAACCCACAGCCAACUUUUUUAUUUUAAAGAAUUACAUUUUUUAAAAUGUAACUGUUGGUCUAUAAUAUGUUGAUUUCAAUAUGUAUUAUAAAACACAAACACAUUACAUUGCUCAUUUUAAACAAUAAACUUGGCUUUUACUUGCUUACUGUACAUGUCACCAACAAACCUCAAUAAAAGAUUUGUUUUA